AUGGAUUCGAGUUUCGAGUUUGUUGACGAAUCCCUAGAAGCCACAGGUUGGGUAGAAGAAGUUCAUGAAAAUGAAACCAAGUCUCAAGAAUUCUCGAUUCUUCUCAAGGAAGUCAAGAAUCUUCGAUCUGAAAAUGAGGAAAUCAGAAAAAGUGUUUCUGAGAUUAGAGACAAAUUGACGAAUGUUCUGGAACAGUUUUCUCUUAAGAAGCUAUCAACAGGUCAGGAAAAUGGAAAGUAUUGUAUAGACGAGGUUGAAAUAAGUCAAGAAGAUGAAAGAAUUCCUAAGAAUCAACUUAAAAGUUCAAUUGAAGAGUGUAUAAGUGGUGAAUGGAAGAUGAUAUCGUCUAGAAAUGUGGAUGAAUUUCUUCAACUUCAGCAAGAUAUUUCUCUAAAUGAAGCCACCAGAAUCCGUUCGUCAAACAUCUGUUUCGAAGUCAAGAGUCAACAAAUUAAAACCUGCAACUUUUUGAAUGGAGUCAAAAUGCUAGAAAUUCACUUUCUUCCAUUUCCAAACAGAGAUGGAGUUCAAUUUAGUUUAAUGGAUAACAAACUAAUUAGUGUUCAAAAUGGAAAAUUGGAUGGUCAUUCAGAAGAGACUUCAAGAAUUGAAAGAUUUAUUGAAAACGGAAACCUGAAAGUUGUUUGGAGAAGAAAUGGACUCAUCUGUGAACGAAUUUAUGAGAAACUUGAAAACUGGUCGUCCAACAAGAAUCCAUUCAACAAGUUCUAUUGA